AUAUAUAUAUAUUGUAGCUUCUUAUCUGUUAGGCUGCCUCCUGUCUCUGGUGCUCAGGUUUCAGAUCCGUUAAAGCCAUGGGGAAUGGAGAAUGAACAAGAUACUUACUGGCUUGUACCUUGGAAAUUUUAAAGAUGCCCGCGACACAGAACAACUGAAAAGGAAUAACAUAACUCACAUUCUUUCAAUCCAUGAUACUGCUCGGGCCAUGCUUGAGAGUGGUUGCUACUGCAGAGAAGGCCUGUUCUCUUGUCUCCAUCAAGUGUUCCUACAAAGACUACAGACCACAGAACAGUAACAAGGGAGUGAAAUAUCUGUGUAUUCCUGCUGCAGAUUCACCCUCACAGAAUUUAACCAGACACUUCAAAGAAAGCAUUGUAUUUAUACAUGAGUGCCGGCUUAGGGGUGAAAGCUGUCUGGUUCACUGUCUUGCUGGAGUUUCCAGGAGUGCAACCUUGGUUGUGGCCUACAUAAUGACAAUCACUGAUUUCGGCUGGGAGGAUGCACUGUCCGUGGUGCGAGCAUCAAGGUCAUGUGCCAAUCCAAAUGCAGGUUUCCAGCGUCAGCUAGAAGAGUUUGAGAAAAAUGAUGUUGCUCAUUUCAGAGAGUGGCUCAGAGCUGAGUAUGGAGAGAGUCCCUUGCAAGACAAAGAAGAAGCCCAAAAUCUUCUGCAGAAGUACAAAGCACAUGCAGCAGCUCAGUCAAGUGCUUCAGGAAGGCAUUGGAAUGAUAACUUGGCAUCGGUGACCUCCUUGUCCAUGUCUGCUCCUGAAUAGAAAGCAAGAAUAUAUAAUGUUCCUAUGGAUAUGUUUGGUGUCUUGGUAAACCUUGGUUUAUUUUGAUGGAUUUGAGCCUAGGUGUGCUUUGAGUCUGGUCUAUUUCUGACUGUCAGACUGGAAGCAUUUUCUUUCAUUUUCAGUUAACCACAGUUUACUGUUGCAUUCAAACUCUAAUCUGUGGUUUUUAGCUAUGGUUUAUUUAAAAUAGGUCUAGCUUCAUAAUCCAUGGCGUGACUGACUCAUUUCAAAUAAACCAUAGUUAACAUUAACCACAGCCUAUUGAGUUGAAGGAUACAACAAACUGUAGUUAAUCAGAAAAAGGAAAGCUUCCCAACACCUAGAAGAGAGUCAAUAGGAGCACAUGACUGCAAAGUUCACUGCCAUAAUAAGCCAUAGUUGAUUGUGUCAUACACAUGCAGCCAGCAGGGCACAUUGCUUUGAUAGGCACAUAUGUAAGGAAGACAUGUUUUCUUUAUAUAUUAGCUCCAGGAUGAGAUGCCUUGGUCCUCUCAAAUAAGCUUAUCUCUCAAUAUAUGACAAGCAGGGUUCCAGAGUUCUUAAUUUGGUGUCACACUUGGGACUGGCUAUGCUAUGUGGUUGCAAAGACCCCUCUUCCAGUGUUCAUAUAAACAGCAUGCCUCUUUCUGACUGUUGAGAUGUCAAAUUAAUUUCUACAUAUCUCUGUUCUUCAGGUUGUUCCCAUAGCCAGAAUUUGGCACUGCUGCACUUUUUACAGUUACAGAUUAAUCUUUUUCACAACCUAAAGGAUGGAAAUAUGAAUGUCUGGAUGAACCUUGGUCUCAGCUGGUUUCACUGCAGCAAGUACCAUAACUGAAGAGGCAACCUGUUGUGUGAUGUUUAAAGCAACAUGUCUCUUUAGUAAUGGAAAUGCAACAACCAAAUCAGCUGUGUGCAUGGUUGUCUCUCUCAUGUGUGUCUUCUUUAAACUUCUUUUUAAAAAUCUCUUUGAAUGUAUGGGUACUAAUGUUGUAUAUUUUAUUCAAGAUGGAAGUAUAAGUAUAGCCAAUAGCUGUGCAAGCAUUAAUCUCAGAGGAAUUGUUCACCUGGAGUAUGUUCACGGGUAAGGUAUGGACAGGACUGAAUGUAUAUUGCAAAUUUAUAUACUUAAAGACUAUAGUGGGUUUAUAAUGGCUGAUUUGCUAUAAUAAUAUUUUAAACAUUCUCUUCCUAUUACUACUGAAAGAAAGAUUCUUCACAUGUCAGUUAUUUUGAUAAAGUUUGACCAAUGAUUGUCUUCCCUGAUAGAGUGUUGUUUAAUAAAAGCUUCAGGUUUUUUUAAAUGAAUGAAACAUUCCAGUGUUAUGUCAUUGUAUUGGCUGGAUAAAAGCACUUCUGGUUGACUCUAGUUGUUGUUUAUGAUGAUGUCAAAUGAGCAACUUGAGUAGAAUCAUCUAAAUCCAUUAUAGAGUCUAGAGCAGUGAUCC